CCCCAUCCCAGCCCACGACAAUUGUCACACCCUCGCAACCACGACGACGACCUUGGUGCUUUCAUUUGGCGAGCGACACGCACGAAUACGGCCCAUAGACCCAGAAGCCCGAAGCUCCUCGAUCGCCGCAGCAUCGCCUGCGUCUUGAAGCGACAGCGACAACUCCACGCGCACCUGUCGCAUUGUCCGCGGGCCAGCUAUCGCCACCUUGUCGCACAUCUGCGACUGCGCACCCGUUAUCGAACUGGGCCAAGCCGUAUUGCCCAAGUGUCGGAUAGUCCCGUCUUUUCAGCCUUGUAUACAUCAGUUCGAUCCUGCGAAGACCUUUCGAACCAGCAAAGGGCCCGAGACGCGGGGACACUUGCUGUGAGGAUGAGCGACCUCGACAAAGCCAUCGCUCAGCUGCGCGCAUGCCGACCUAUACCAGAGGCCCAGGUGCGCGAACUCUGCCACAAGGCUCGUGAGCUGCUCAUCGAGGAGGGCAACGUAGUCACAGUCACCGCGCCCGUCACAAUAUGCGGUGACAUUCAUGGGCAGUUCCAUGACCUCAUGGAAUUGUUCCGGGUUGGUGGCGAUCCCCCAGACACAAACUACCUCUUUAUGGGUGACUUUGUUGAUCGGGGCUUCUACUCCCUCGAGUCGUUCUUGCUACUGCUCUGCCUUAAGGUCCGGUACCCGGACCGCAUGACGCUCAUCCGCGGCAACCACGAGUCACGGCAAAUCACAACCGUCUAUGGUUUCUACGACGAGUGCCUCCGCAAAUAUGGCAGCGCCAAUGUCUGGCGGUAUUGUUGCGACGUGUUCGACUAUCUUGCUCUCGGUGCCAUCGUGCUCGGCGCAUCUAGCAACCUCACACCGUCAGAGAAUCAGAACUCGUCCGAGCUGAACUGCGACCCCAACGAUGUAGAAAUCGAGGUCUGCAACGCCGACGGUGACAGAAUAAGUCACUUCUCGCGCCAGGAGCGCGAAAGAAGCCAGUCCUUGAACCCGCAAGCGUCCUCCGGCCUCAACGGCAACACCGGGCCGCCAGGCUCGGGCGCAUCGGGUUCCAGCAACGGCUCCAUGGGGAACCCCACAGGCGCCAUUCUCUGCGUGCACGGAGGCUUGUCACCAUUAGUGGAUUCCGUAGAUAAGAUCCGGCUCCUCGACCGCAAGCAAGAAGUGCCGCACGAAGGGCCAAUGUGUGAUCUCCUGUGGUCCGAUCCAGACGAUAUCGAGGGAUGGGGUCUGUCGCCGCGGGGUGCCGGUUUUCUCUUUGGCGCGGAUAUUGUCAAGAUCUUCAACCAUCGGAACGAUCUGUCUCUGAUUGCGCGCGCUCACCAGCUCGUCAUGGAAGGAUUUAAGGAAAUGUUCGACGCGAGUAUCGUGACGGUGUGGAGUGCGCCAAACUAUUGCUACCGGUGUGGCAACGUUGCGGCGGUACUGGAACUGUUUGAGGACGGCGGCGGCGAUGGAAUCCUGGCGCGCAGCAACGGCGAUAUCGACCGGACACGUCUGGCGCAGGCUGCUAUCCCGGGCGAGCCGGACGUUACUAUUCGGAACCGCAGUGGCCCUGGCAGGCGGUACAGGGUGUUUCAAGCUGCACCUCAAGACUCCCGGGGAAUGCCUGCUAAGAAGCCGGUUGCUGAUUACUUUUUGUGA